GAGAAAGCCAUCAGUAUCUGGGAAUCCAAGAACUUCUUCAUCGAGCUGGACCCACUCCCCGGGGCUGUGGAAGCUGUGAAGGAAAUGGCAAAUUUGGCAGACACCGACGUGUUCAUCUGCACAAGCCCUAUCAAGAAGUACCGCUACUGCCCUUACGAGAAGUACGCCUGGGUGGAGAAGCACUUCGGCCCCGAGUUUCUUGAGCAGAUCGUUUUGACGCGAGAUAAGACGGUGGUUUCUGCCGACCUGCUUAUAGACGACAGACCUGAUAUAACAGGGGCUGAGCUGAAUCCCAGCUGGGAGCACGUGCUCUUCACAGCCUGCCACAACAAGCACCUGCAGCUGAAGCCCACCCGCCGCAGGCUGCAGUCCUGGCUGGACAGCAAACGCCUCCCACCCGGCCAGGCUGCCUAA